AAGAAGAACAUCAAGGAGUAUGAGACCCUCAGAGCAACUAACUUCUUCCUUCUGUAGAACAUCUAGAUCGGCGAUAUAGUCGCCAACAUCACAUCAUUUACAUUUGUACUUCUCUGAGGGUAGAAGUCUUCUAAACCCGCCAGCGCCAUAGAGUUUAAGAAUUGUAUAGGUACAAGUAUCUACUUAUUUAAGUAGAACUUAGAAUCCAGAUAGAAGGGAAUUGUCCAUCUCCUCCGUUCUGUCUUACACCGUUUCAUCAUGGAAAGGAACAAGAAGAUGUCCUUCACUUCCAGAAACAUGCACUCGUCAUCUCAAAGAGGGAGACGAGGGCGAUUCCAGAAGGUGCUGCGUUCUUUCGUCGGGAUGUCUGCCUUGGUUCUGGGUGUAUCUGCAAGCUCGGCCAUCUUCGGCCGCACCCUGACCUUCCCGCAAUCGAACAGGGUCGUUGCAUCUGUCCCCGUCCCAGGACAUCGCGACACAUCGAACAGAGCAGAUGCCGAACCGUGCGCCCCCGUCCCAGGACAUCGCGCAACAUCGAACAGAGAAAAUGCCGAACAGUGCGCGAGCAAGACCCCUGCAGUACGUGGCGUCGCACCAGCCACUCGUCAAGCUACAACAGGGAACCCUGCGUCUAGCAGAGAUGCCGCACCUCCAGGCAAGGCCGCUCCAUCUUCGGGCAAGGCCGGUGCCUACACUUGUAGUAUACCACCUCCGAGCAAAGGAACUGCAAUUUCAAGCAGAAACACCGCACCAAGCAGAGGCUCCGCUUCAAGUAGCAGUGGGCUCGUUAGACCUUCGAAUAACCAGGUCGCAUCGGGCACGAGCUCGGGAACACUAAGCACUUUGCAACUGUUACUCGAGAUGUGCACCGAUGUUGAUGGGGGACUGGCUAUCUACGAUAGGGAGCAGGCGAUGGGCGUGGCCAAAAAACUCCUAGCUCGUGUCCCCGAGUUGCAACCAAAUCGAGUCCCGGUAAUCCGAAAAGCAUAUCAGAUGAUCCUCCAUCAUUUAAGGCGGCAACUCUAAACUUGUACUAGAAGGAGCACGACGAGCAAGGGUCUAGGAAGUAGUUGAUCUACCUCAUAUAUUAUACAUAUCAACACUAUCAUGUUGUACUUAUAAAAUAUAAAUCUUGUUCUUCUAAUAUCUUGGUACGACAUUAGGCGUGGAAAGCUCGGCGCAUCCACCGCGGACGCUGGUAGGGCUGCCAGGCACUUUUUAGAGAAGAAUAUUCUGGCGCUUCAAAAAAUUGCGAACGAGCUGCCCGACUUUCUUGUGAAUGAGCUCCGGGAAUUUUAUCUGGAUCCUUCUACUCACAAUCUCGGACCUGCAAAUGCCGAGCAACGGUUAAGGCCUGUCAUAAUUCAUCUCGCGCAAUCCAUAUCUCAGAUAUUAGGCUUUUCAAGGGGAAAAGAGGUGGUCCUCCACCCAGGACGAAUGAGUGGAAACUUCUAUCUUGAUGAGAUUGAAGAGAUUCUCAGGAUCAACCUUCUAGAGGCAGAGGCUGGAGGCUCUCAGGAUGAUCUUGUUCAGGAUGGAUUAUGCUAUGAGCAGCUCUAAUACGGGCCGUGGAGGAGGUGAUGUACGUUGUGUCGAAGAUCUUGAAGGAGGAGAAGGCUCCCCAUCUCGUACACCUGCUUGAGCGACGUCCUCUGGAAUUGUAUCAUGUAGAAGAUCAUUCUUUUCUCCAGAUGACACCCUUUCAUCUCGAUGGUGCGAAGGUCCGCUACCAGAUAUUUAAGAAGCUUAAGGAAAGCUUUUAUCAGGACCCGGCGCGGAUGGCCUUGUCGGACAGUGAAGCGCGAAGGAGGGCGUCCAAGCUUCUCUUGGCGCAUCCCCACAUGAGGAUGAGCGAAGUGGACGACCGCAUCCGUGCCUUCGAUACUUGGAAAACCGAAUACUUUGGGCACCCUGACUAUGUGGCACUUGAGGAACGGGAAGCCAGACAAGAAACUCAGAAUUUCUACAAAAGAGUGGAACUGAAAUUAAGACAUGAAGAUGACUUCUUUCUUUUUCUUCAGGAUAGCUUUUUCUUGUAUCAACAUGUUCCUUGAUCAUGAUGUGUGGCCAUCUUGAGAUAUUAGAUAUAGACUUUUCACCUCACCUCAAACAGCGAAAGAAAUCUGAUCGCGUCAGCCUCCUGGAGUCAUUUUCCACCUCGACGCCUGAAAAAUAUGUAGAAGAAAAUAAUCACGAUCGUAGGAGGAUGAGUUCUCGCGCGCGCAUCGACGUGGUCUAAUAAAACAGAUUGUUGAGGUCAACCGUUAUUCGAGAAAACAAGUUAAGAAAAUGGUGGACUGAUUCACGUGGAGAAGACGAGAGUACGUAGUACUGAUUCUCAGAAUAAAGACUCUAACAUCAAUUUUCUGUCACUGUUUUUUCAGGAAAUAAUCGUAUGUAAGUUUUGAUUGUGUUUGUGUUGACAAAUUUACGGAUAUUUCUGUUCUUACAUCGAUCAGUAGAAAAGAUGUGGAGGUGUGUGGUGAAAUCCUGAACCUACUUGUAAGAUGUGGUUUGCAAAAUUCAUUGUUUGAGAAGAUAUGAUGCACUUUGGUAUUCCUCAUCAUUGAUUGUACUUAGAUGAAUAGAUCGAAGACCCCUUCAUCUAAGAAAUAGCAAGCGCUGCAACUGUGCACGACCCCCACAACGCCACCAGAGCAGAAUGGUCGCGCUUCCUCUGGCGGUUCUUCCUCUUCCUCGUCUGACGGUGCUUCAUCUCCGGGAGGAUCUUUUCCGCUUCCCGGCGUUUCUUCCCCGGUCGUCCCUUGUGUAUUAAAUGAGUCACCUGGACGAGAUUGUCGCGUAGUUACGGUCCAUGUACUUAGAUUGUCCUUCAUCUAAUAUUUCACAGGAGAAUCCUCCUCUCAGGAAGUUGUUCUUUUCAGACUCAGAAGCUUCCUCUUGAUUGAAAUAGAUUGGAUUUUCAACGGGGAAGCUGUACACGGACUUAGAAUAGACAUAUCAGGUCAACAUGCAGCAUUAUCGCGAGCUCCUGCUCUAAUUGCGGCCCUGAAGACGAGGCAUGGAUUACGCCGUCCCGUGACUUCGAUAAUCCGGAACUAGAAAAGAAACUCACUUUCAACACAGGAGACCUUCUAAGGGAGUACCAGAAUUCAUUUUCUCAAAAAAGCACACUGAGUCGACAUUUAACACGCAGAGCGAUCAUGAGUUAUGCUCCAUUUAGAAGAAGUUCUGUAUUUCUGCUUCUUCUCUCUUAGAUUUCUUACUCCUGGAUCUUUCUUGUUAUUCCCCACAGCUCUCUCUAAAUCUUAAGCCAUGCUGUAGGAAAUAAGUAUCAAUAUCAUGAUGGCGUCAUCACACUUACUACCUUCGUGAUUCUUUCAUGGACUGCUUUUCCUGAGUAAGUGACUUACAUCAAAAACUUCAUCUUCUAAUACCAUGAGGUUGCCGAGUUUUGGGAAUGGCAUCACAUAGCCCCGCAAGAUUAAGGCAAAGCAAUUAUUGACUCGAACUUAUAUUCCAGACUCAUCAAACUAUGUUAACUUUAAUAGCGUUAUUGUGCAGCUUUAUUCUUGUGCAGCUAGGUAGCUAGCUUUCUAAAAUCUAUCUUUGCCACUCCAAAUGCCACCGCAGAGGUUUUAUAUCGCUAUUGAUGCCAUGGCGACUACAUGGAAGGCUCGUCUUACAACAUGAUCAGGCUAUUCAUUGAGCCUGUCGUGAUAAAGUCUGAAGCUCAACUACUCCUAGUUUAUGAGUCCUAGACGUGCUAGACCGACAUUAUUAUAAAAAAUAUAUAGCCAUCAUCUAACCUGCAAAUCAGCCUAGAGAGGUCUUCGAAAACGUCUCAGAGCUGCCGCUUCCAGACCGCUCGCGCUCUCGUUCUCGUUCGCCAAGACGACGCGAAUCUUUACUACAGCGCGAUAGUGUUGGGAAUGGCGCCGAGCCAGGUACUUCUAGUAUUUCUUUUCAUUUUUUUUCGUGCUGAAAUCGUUUGAUCAGGUGCAAGAAGCACCGGCCGCCGGAACAAAGAUGCCAACGCGAAGGUCUGGCGCGUGGAAUCUCCUACCGUACAUGCCGACCAUCGCGCCCAACAUUACAUGGCUGGAGUGUGAGGGGUGCCACAUGGAAGGGAGCGAGCGGAGGGCCAGCCCGGCCAAAGUCCGGAAAAAGGACCCCCGGGACCGACUCGGCGCGCACCCCACUCCGAUGGCGAAAGCGCGCGCGCGGUUUCCCUCAGAACCUGGCGCCAACGGUGGCGACGGCUCUGCUUGGGCUCAUACAUCACUGCCGCCUGGUAUGAGAGGCGCCGCGCGCCCCUCCUUGUUGUGUUGCCUUGCCCCAGCCAGAGGAAGGCAGGCUUCGCAGUGGCAUGGUGUGCCAGGAGGCUGCGGCAGCAGCGCCGGCAGGAGCCUACUAGAACUGAGCGCAUCGCGGAGCGUGUCGACUAUUUUCGGAAGGCCUUGCUCGACGUGACUGCUCUCCCGGCUUGGAGUUUCCUUACUGGGUGUCAAUUAGCGGCCUCGGGGGUUCAUGGGUACGCUCGAAAUCACGCCGGAGGCGGCGGCUGUGCGGGCGUAUGCGCUACCAGGUGGGAAGGCUGUCGCGCUGGGUUGUCUUGUUGGCUUCUUCGGAGGUGCGCCACACCUCUCAGGCGCAGGCCUGUGCCUCCCGGGGGCUCGACGUCUCGGGGGCAGGAGUGAGGUGCUCGCCCAUUCACCUCGGCCAAGUUUCUGAGUUCAGCCUAUCAAAAUGCCAGCUCAUUCUCACAGCCACAGCCACGGGCAUUCCUGUCUGGAGAUUGCCAAGGGGUGCAAACGUGGAAAGAGAUUCAGCACGCAAAUGCGAGACGGUGAAACACAAACAAUGCGCAACAGCGGCCACCCAGUGACUCGAUCGCUAGAAGGUCCAACGGUGGACAUGGGUGAAGCGCUAAGAAUGACAGCGAACCAAGAAGGGCAGCCUUCCAGAUUUCGCGACAGAAUUGCGCACGCUUGCGAAGGGCGCAAACUAAGCGCGCGGCGGCGUGUGUCAGUCAUGGGCGGGCAAGCAUGUGCAAAAAGCGGCGCGGCACUGGCAGCGCCGACGUUGGUGUGGCGCUGGUGGUGGAGGUAUUUGCUGCAGCUGGCCGCUAUUGCCCGGCAGGUUGGUGAGAAGAAUGAAGGGCGGCGGCGCUCCGCGGCCCUCCGCCUUCGGGUGUUCGAUCGUGCACGGGCUGCGUGAAGGGUGCGCCAUAAGAGAGAGAGAGCGCGGGAGCAGGCGCAGGGCGGGAGCGCCGUGGACACAUCUGCAGAAGCCGAGAGUUUGGGGGUGUCGCUUGCUCUUGGUUUCCUUCCCGCCUCGGUCGCGCGCUAUGUGCUCUUGAUAAUUGUUACUUGGCUGACGCUGAGGAUCUGAUGGGGUGAGGGCGCGCCUGUUCUGGUGUACUAGGUGGCAGGGGGCGGGUGAGUCUUUUGGUGUGGCUUGCACUACAAGAGCCAGCGUGAAGACACAGGCGGAGCUAGUCUUUGCCUGCUCAGUCAUGGCAUGCCCUUGCGCCCUGGCUUUCCCCGUGUUCCCUUGUUGGCGGCUCACAUAGCGGAGCUUCUUUCUCGCCAGAAUAAAGUUAUUGGAAAAGUUCUCCACUGGUGGACGUGGAAAGUAUUCACUUCUUUUUUCUCUCCGGAAACGAGAAAUGGACGAACCAACCCGCAGCCCCUAUGUAAGUAGUCUAACUAUGUGCGCCAUCGUCUUUCUCUUUCUCCUCUCGGUCUUGUUCCCCAGUGGCAGUGAGCUGAGUGUGCGCGUCUUGAUAGAUUACCUAAAAUUGCCUAUAUAUAAUGUCUUCUUAAUCCUAAGUAAUGCAGGAGUAGCCUACCUAUAUAUUCUGUAGAUUGAUUACCAUCUAAACCUAAAGCACUCACUUGUUCCCUCACUGACUCUGUCAACAGGUACUACUACUAGUCGCGCUGCUGCUUCUGGCUCUGACGAUCUGUGUGUUGUAUUUAUGGCUUCUCAGGAACAGGACUUCAACAUCGCCAAUUUGGAUUAUUCACGCAUCCUAAAAAAGGUCCUCGUCGAUAAUAUGUUGAUAAGUAGAAAAAGAACAAGAAGUUAAAAGCUAUUAAUCGUGGAGUUGAAAAUAAAAUCACUGGCGCUUCAACUAAAAAAAAUAAGAGAAAUCUCAACAUCCCAACAUCUCAGCUAAAAUGAGAGGAGUCUCAACUUUAUCUCAACCCAUAACCUCUAAUUCACGCUUCGACAAGAAGAAAAGCCAUCUUUUCUUGCCGUGCGGUCAUUUCGGAUGGUGUAAGGGAUGCGCAGAGAGGGUCCUCUGCGACGAAGACACCUCCUACGAAAGCAAGUGCUACGUUUGCAAAGCCCACGUCGAGGACAUCGCACUAGUGAGGCCUGUCUAGGAGAACAAGAUCCGUCGUCUUCUAUGCUGUAGGUUCAACAUAGAUCAUAAUACAUAGUAGUACGUAGAAGUACAAGAAGAGGCAGCAAGAAGAAGUACGAGUAUGUACAAGAAAAAGAACUAUCACGCUGUAGGGGGAAGAAGAAGAUGUGGUAGUGGUAGUCCCCUCUAGGGGAAGAACAAGACGAAGAAGUUCUACCACAACAAGAAGAAGUUCUACCACAACAAGAAGAAGUUCUACCACAACAAGAAGAGGAGCAAGAAGAAGAAGCAACAAGAAGAGUUCCACUAGGGGAAGAACAAGAAAAAGAACUACCACGCUGGGUAGAAGAAGUACGCCAUAAUCACACCUAGUACAUGUACAACAUGAGUUGUAGAUGAUGUACUUCAGGUUCAGGACAUAGUGCUACUUCUCAGGAAAAACGUUCUACUCCUACCUAGUACAGUACUAAGGAGAAGUACAACAUGGUGCUGAUGGUGCUACCCGCCUACGUCGUAGCGCAGUAAGAGUUACUAGUGCAGCAACAUCAACGUCUUGUUCAGGAAAACACGCAUGCAAGAAGCGACGUAGAUUGUAUGCUGUUUGUAAUCCGACGAGGAGUCGAUAAAAAAAUCGAAUACUUGUAUCGAUAAAUUUGUCUUCAAUGAAAGACCACGUUUUGACACGAUAACCAACUAUUUAGUUCUUGCUCUCCGCAUGAUCAUGUAUGAUCUCGACGCUUGUUACCUAUUUCUAUGAUGCUAUUCAAAUUCAUCUGCUGAAUCUACGAAUUCACUUCAUCUACGUCGGUCCAUGUAAAAACUGCACUGUAGUUUUCUUGUAUUUAUAUCAAAUUUUUUGAUUUGAGCAUAGCCAUACAACUUAGAACAACAAGUGUACUACUUACUAGUUAAUACUUGGUACUUACUACAUAAAUGAAAUCGGUAGCGCAGCUCAACACGAACACAUAAGCAUAGUAGGCAUGAGCCUUCGAGUAUAUUUUCUAGCCAAAAUGGUAGCCUUCAGGCGGGAGGAGGAGCAUAAAGGUUUGAAAUAGUGACCUUGUGCAGCAGCUGAAGAAAGGGAUUGAUACUAGAGUACUUGUCUCGAAAGCUAGCCUACAUAGAUACUAGAACACUAGGGACGAGAAAUAGGAGCAAAAUGCUACUAGUGUGAUCCUUAUGUUGUUCAUGUUCUUGUAGGUGAAGUAACAAAUAAUUUUUUUCCAAAAAGAUCAUGGACGCAGAUCAACGAAGGCAGGCCUCUUUAUUCGGUUCAUGCAAAAAGUUGUUGGUGUAGGAUCUAAGAUCUUUAUCAUGUCAUCAAAGAAGAUCCCGACAGGAACUUUUACCUCAUGAUGAAUAUUGCUAUAAGAUCCCGACAGUUGCUAUUAUUACCUCAUGACAUUGCUAUUGUUUUUUGACCCAGGAUAACGAAAUAAUAACUUCUCAACAUCAACGAACACUUCGUACAAAAUAAAUUGCAUUCAUGAUCUAGUACUUCAACCAUUCAUGGUGAAUGAUCAUACAUAAACUACAACAAAAUGUUGUGCUGCAUCAACUGAGCUAAAAUAAAAGCACUGAAAAACUUAUAGAUUUGAAUCUCGUCACGAGAAACAGCAAAUAAGAGUGCUACGAACAAGCUCCUCAAAAAAUCAGCAAUGCUUCAAAAAAUGAGCAAUUGAUUUUUUUGAAAUCUAAGAAUGGAUCAUCAUGACAUGAGAGGUCUAGCUC